AACUCUUUUUUUCAAUCGCCUCUCUUCCUCUGAUAUGCUUUCAAAAAGUUUGAAAAUUAGCUUUUGCUCCGCUUGAAUUUCCUUUCCAAUUCAAGGCCAAGAGAGUUCUUUUUUUUUUUUUUUCCCUUUUCCUCUGAGGUCAAGAGAUAGUUUACAAGCUAAGGAAAAUGCCUCCUGCGGUUUCCAGUGUCCAAAGUUGGAUCCGACCAUUCGUCGGGUUUUUAAACAUCCUCGUCUCUGUGUUCGGUUUAAGGAACAUAGUUUUCUAAUGAUUGGAGAAAUCUUGGAGUUGUUACCUUAUAGUAUAAGUUUAAAGAUUGUGAACUUAAAAGAAAAGGGAAAAUGUUGCAAGUUUGCUUUGUCUGGUAUUCGGAGUUACACACCAGAUUUUCGGUUAUGGUGGAAUAGGAAAAUCCCAAGAGAUUUGACAGAGGCUUCAUUAUCUGGUGCAGGGUUAUCAAUAAUAGCUGCCCUUUCUAUGAUGUUUUUAUUUGGAAUGGAGCUGAGUAAUUAUUUAACAGUCAGCACUUCUACAUCUAUUAUUGUUGACAAGAGCUCUGAUGGGGAUUUUUUACGUAUUGAUUUUAACAUCAGCCCUGAGAAUUUAUUAAGUUUUGGAAUUGGAAGAUUUACUUAUGUUGGAAUGCAUUGGUAGUUGCUAUCAGGGACAAUAAAACAGAUUGCAUCAGUCUAUCAGCUUUUGUGUAUGAAUUCAUACAUUCAGAACAUGAUGAAUCUGGUAACUGAGUCCAAAACUUUAUAGUUAGGUUGAGUAUCAUGUCUGUGUUUGAUGUUAUUGCCUUAUUGGUGGGCCAGGUGAACUGCAUCUCAGAACAAAACAGAUGGGAUUUUUGUACUAUUGAGUCAGCACAAACUUACUGAAGUUAUAGAUUUCAUGCACAUAUCUGUAUACUGUGGAGUAUAUUAUAGAUAGGUUGUAUUGUUGUAAUGACAAGAUGAUGAUUUGUGAUUCUUGCAACUUUGGCAUUUGCUCUAUGUGAGCUUGGCAUAAAAAGGACAGCAUCUUUCAUGAGGGACCAAACUAUGUCGCAAACUUGGAAUGUACUGAUUGGCAGCAAGCAAUGAGAUCACAUCAGCAUUUUGUUUCUUCUGAUUUCUUCAUUGUUCAUUUAAAACUUGCUGCUUUUGGGGUCUUCUGAUAUAAGUAAUUUGAAAAUUAUAUGCUACAUAUUGCAGUGCAUCUUUCAACUUCUAAUUAGUAUGAAUUUGAUGUUUGGCUGUUGACUUACUCUGCUUUUUCUUGUAUUUUCAAAUAACUGUUUGCAAUUUGU